AAGUGACACCAUGUACCUCAGUUGUGUCAACUUCACUAGUUUUGAUCUUUUGAGGUUAGGGCAUAUGUUUUUCAUACAAAACGUACAAUUUUAGUUUAAACUCUUAUUAAUUAAGAGAACAUUUCAUUUGAUACCUAAAUUAUACAAUAUAUUGCAAUUUCUUUAUUUCGAUUAAUUUCCAUUUAGCAUAUAAGAUUUUGGUUAUAGUAAAUAGUUAACGAAAGCUUUGCCAUUGUUUUUAUAACUAAAUUCAUCGUUGAUAAAUUGUUUAAAAAUGAAACGCAAUCGGGAUCACAUUGAUGCAGAAGAGUCAAAAUUAUCGUCGUUACUCUUCAACAAAAAUGAAAAAUUCGCGGAAAAACUUAAAACGAAAGACACACAGAAUGAAUUAACUGAACGUAAACCAAUCUGGAAGGAUGAAGACGAUGAACAGUAUCGUGUAAAUACUGUUAUACCAAAAUUAAGUGACAGUGGACUUUAUGCAAAAAAACUUAAACAAAAAUAUGAAACCUUAGUCGGCACACCCAGUUGGGCGAAAAUCGGUGAGAAGAAAGAAGAUAAAGGCUUCAAAUCGGAUGUUGUGAAAACAGUUGGCCAUUUACAAAAGAAAAAGAUAACGAAGUUUAGCAAACAGAUAUUGGAGAUAAGCAACCACACGAAAAUUGUAACGAAUCGCAAAACAAUCACUUCCACAGCAGAAUUCCAUCCCAAAGUGAGUGCAAUUUUAUUGGGAGAGCACACAGGAAUAGUUUCGCUGUAUUCAAUUGAAGACAAACCAAAUAAAUUACAUAGUUUCAAGCUUGGAGGUUGGCAAAUAAGUAGAGCAAAGUUUAACCAUGAUGGAUCCAAAGCCUAUAUUUCAUCAAAACUUAAACAUGAUUACUGUGUUUAUGACUUGGUACAAGCAAGUAAUAAGGUUAUUCAGUUACCCAAGAUAGUUAAAAGAGCUUACAUAUUUGAACUAUCUCCUGAUGGGAAAUUUAUUGCAGCUACUAUGGGAUUUGACGAAGUUUUCAUAUUGUGUUCAAAGUCGAAUGAGCUCUUGAAGUCCCUGAAGAAUAAUACUAAUGUCAAAUCAUUGGUCUUUAGCCCUGACUCUACACAAAUAUACUGUUAUAAUGAAGAAGGCUAUGUCGUUGUUUGGGACCUCACUACAUAUAGGACAGUGAAAAAGUUCCUUGAUAAUGGAUGUAUCAAUCCCUCUCGUAUUAAAAUAAGUCCUUGUGGAAGGCUCUUAGCAACUGGCACUGGAGAAGGCAUUGUCAAUGUGUAUGAAACAUCUAAUUUAACUACCAGUGAUCCAAUUCCCUUGAAAACAAUAUCACAUUUACAAACUAAGAUAACAAAUAUCAACUUUAAUUCGACUUCAGAGGUGCUAUCUCUUGCAUCCAGUUACUAUCCCAAUGCUGUUAAACUUGUCCACAUACCAUCUUAUCACGUUUUUGGCAACUUUCCACCACAGAGUACCAAUUUAGUACAAGUUGAGAUGGUAAACUUCUCUCCUAAUAGUGGUUAUGUGGGUAUAAGUAACAAUAAAGGUGUUGUAAACCUGUUUAGGCUACGACAUUUCCGUAAUUACUAAGAGAAUAAAGAUAUUUUAUUGACA